AUGGUCUUGGCGGCCGGCGCGCGUCCAGGCACGGGCCGCGCAUGCGCCCAUGCAUCGCUCCUUGCCUGCGACAAUGCCGUCGCGUUUGCGCGCCCGCUGUGCGUCCGAGCUUCUGCCGCGAUCCGCGGAACGCGCGCCAUCCGCCCGUGCAUUCGCCCGCGCGCCCCGUCGCGGCCUCGCCGACUCGCCGAUCGCGCCGCUUUAUCACAUGCGCAGGGUACACCCACACACACCAACCGUCGUCACGUAAGCUGCCCAGUGGCGUGCGCAUUGUCGGGGCUGCGCUCGCGCAGCGCGCACGCAGCGCAGAUCAGGGCGUGCCCCGCCGCGGAGCGCACCACGCAAGUCGCAGAGCUGUUGCAGGCUCCGCGUCCGUUAUCGCGCUGGCGGUGGGCGUGUGCCUGGAUUCUGAAGCAGGGUAAGGGUUUUUUUUUUUUUUGUCUCACGGCGUAA